AUGCAUGUUAAUGAUUGUGAUUUGAGUAGUUUUAGUCAUUCAGCUUGGACACCUAUCGAAAAUAAUUACAAUAAUUUCCUAACAUUCGAUUUGGGUGAAAGAAAGAAAGUGAAAAGAAUUGCAACGCUGGGUCGUGGAAACACAAAAGAAUGUGUCACAGAAUUUAUUCUACAAUAUUCUGAUGAUGGUGAAUUGUGGCGAUCAGUUGCUGAUAUUCAUACUGAAACUCAGCUUUUCAAAGGUAAUGAAGACGGCGAUCAUGUUAAGCAUAACGUUUUUGAUGUUCCCAUCAUUGCUCAAUGGAUUCGAGUGAAUCCAACAAGAUGGAAGGAUCGAAUCUCACUUCGUGUCGAACUCUAUGGAUGUGAUUAUUUUGCUGAAGUUUUAGCAUUCAACGGUACAAGUCUUGUCAGUUUUGAUCUCCUUCGAGAUCCAAUUUCAGCUUCAAGGGAAACAAUUCAAUUUCGUUUCAAGACAUCACAUGCAAAUGGCAUUUUAAUGUUUUCAAAAGGCACACAAGGCGACUUCUUUGCACUUCAACUUUAUGAGAAUAAAAUGAUUUUGAAUUUGAAAUUGGGUGCUUCAGUGAUGACAUCUUUCUCUGUUGGAAGUUUACUUGAUGACAAUGUCUGGCAUGACGUCGUCAUCUCAAGAAAUCGUCGAGACAUUCUCUUCUCAGUCGAUCGUGUCGUUAUUGAUGGGAAAAUCAAAGGCGAUUUCGAUAAACUUGACCUUAAUCGAAUGCUUUACAUUGGUGGAGUUCCGAAUCGUGAAGAUGGUUUGGUUGUGACGCAAAACUUUACUGGAUGUAUUGAGAAUCUUUACUUGAACACGACAAACUUCAUUCGGGAAGUUAAAGAAGCGUACAAGGAAGGGCAGUACAGUCGAUUUGAAAAGAUCAACACAUUAUACAGUUGUCCCGAGCCGCCAAUAAUGCCAGUGACGUUCCUGACACGAACAUCUUACGCGAAGUUGAAAGGCUACGAAGGUGUGAAGACGAUGAACGUCUCUCUCGCCUUCAGAACUUACGAAGACCACGGUUUGAUGAUUUACCACGAGUUCUCAUCGAAAGGUUACGUGAAAGUCUUUCUUGAGAAUGGGCGAGUGAAGACUGAAAUUAAAACCGAUGAAAAAGAAUUUCACAGCAGUGGAGAUCAUCGUCGUGGAAUUGUUCUUGACAACUACGACGAACAGUUUAAUGACGGACGAUGGCACACACUGAUUCUAACCAUCAGACCGAACAGCUUGGUGCUUGAGAUUGAUCAGAGGCCGAUGAGAACUGAGAAGUUAUUUAGCAUCAUCACUGGCGCGUGGUACUACAUCGGUGGAGCGAUAACAAAGGAAACUUACAACAUCAUCAAUAACCGUGAUGGCUUCAUUGGCUGCAUGAGACAAAUCUCUGUUGAUGGAAACUUCAAAUUACCUCACGAUUGGAAGAGCGACGAUUACUGUUGCCAAGGGGAAAUUCUCAUGGACGCUUGUCACAUGGUCGAUCGAUGUAAUCCAAAUCCAUGCAAACAUCAUGGCGUUUGCCGACAAAAUUCCAUGGAAUUCUUUUGUGAAUGUGGCGACAGCGGAUAUUCUGGUGCUGUUUGUCAUACAUGUAAUCAUUUCCGUGCUUUGACACCUUUCACACUCAAUCCACUCUCCUGUCAAGCUUUCCAUAACAUUCAAUCAGCGAAUCAAAAUGUUAAUAUCAAGAUUGAUGUUGAUGGUUCUGGCCCGUUAGAUCCAUUUGAAGUGACAUGCGAGUUCUUAUCUGAUGGACGUGUUUUGACUGUGCUUGGACAUUCAUCGGAACAUUCGACAGUCGUUGAUAGCUUCCAAGAACCGGGUUCUUAUGAUCAAACUAUUGAAUACAACGCGAAGAUGCCACAAAUUGAAGCGCUUCUUAAUCGAUCGCAUGAGUGCUCACAAAGAUUGAGUUACAGUUGUCGAUCUGCUCCUGAUGAACUAAGCUUCCGUCCAUUCGGAUGGUGGUUGUCAAGACAAAAUCAAGUGAUGGAUUAUUGGGCUGGAGCGCUUCCUGGAUCACGUAAAUGUCAAUGUGGAAUUAUUGGAAAUUGCAUUGAUCCAACGAAAUGGUGCAAUUGUGAUGCGAAUAUGUACGAUUGGCAAGAAGAUGGCGGUGAGAUUAAAGAAAAAGAUUAUUUGCCAGUUCGUGGGUUGAGAUUUGGUGACACGGGAACGGCGCUUGAUGAGAAGGAAGCGAAAUAUACUUUGGGGCCAUUGAUUUGUGAAGGCGACGAUCUGUUCAACAAUGUUGUGACGUUUAGAAUUGUCGAUGCAACAAUUAACGUUCCUCGCUUUGACAUGGGACAUUCCGGCGACAUUUACAUGGAAUUCAAGACAACGCAAGAGAACGCGGUUCUUUUCCACUCGAAAGGAGCGACAGAUUACAUUCUCUUGUCCAUUAUAAAUGGAAAUAAAUUGAAGUUCCAAUAUCAAGCUGGCUCGGGACAACUUGCUGUCGAUGUUGAGACGAGUUAUCCUUUGAAUAACAACCAAUGGCAUUCAGUGAGUGUUGAGAGAAACAGAAAAGAAGCGAGACUUGUGGUCGAUGGUGCAACAAAGAGUGAAGUUAGAGAACCACCAGGUCCAGUUCGUGCUUUAUAUCUCACAUCAGAGUUGGCGAUUGGUGCCACACUUGAUUACCAAGAUGGAUUUGUUGGUUGCAUUCGAGCUUUACUUCUUAACGGCGUUCUUGUUGAUCUUAAGUCGUAUGCAGAGAAGAAACUUUACGGUGUCUCGCCUGGCUGUAAUGGAAGAUGUGAAUCAAAUCCAUGUCUAAAUAACGGAACAUGUUUCGAGAAGUAUGAUGGAUUCUCAUGUGAUUGUCGUUGGAGUGCAUUCAAAGGACCGAUUUGUGCUGAUGAAAUUGGCGUAAAUUUGCGCUCAGAUUCAAUCAUCAAAUACGAUUUUCUUGGAUCAUGGCGAUCGACAAUUUCAGAAAAUAUUCGCGUUGGUUUCACGACAACAAAUCAAAAAGGUUUCCUUCUUGGCUUCAAUUCAAACAUUACUGGCGAGUAUCUCACCAUUCUUGUUUCAAAUUCUGGUGCCUUGAAAGUUGUCUUUGACUUUGGAUUUGAACGACAAGAAUUGUCAUUCCCUGGCGUUCAUUUCGGUCUUGGGCAAUUUCAUGAUGUGAGAUUCUCGAGAAAAGAUUCGGGGUCGACUGUUGUUCUUCAAGUUGACAAUUAUGCACCGAGAGAAUAUCAUUUUGAUAUCAAAGACUCAGCUGAUGCUCAAUUUAAUAACAUCCAGUACAUGUACAUUGGAAAGAACGAGAGUAUGACAGAUGGCUUCAUUGGAUGGGUUUCACGCGUCGAAUUUGAUGACAUCUUCCCAUUGAAGCUUUUAUUCCAACAGAAUCCACCACCAAAUGUGAAAUCUCUUGGUCCAUCUUUUAUGAAAAUUUUAAAAAAGCUUUCGAGGGGACCUACAUUAAAUGAUGACUUUUGUGGUGUUGAACCGGUGACAUUACCACCAAUUGACCGUGAAACAAGACCACCACCUAUUGUUGAUGAAGACAGAUUAAGGUCUUACGAUAGCGUUAGUGCUGGAUUGUUGUCAAGUAUUUUGUUAAUUAUUCUCUUACUUCUAAUCCUGAUGGCGAUUUUAAUUUAUCGACAUCAAUCAAGACAUAAAGGCGAAUAUCUGACGCAAGAAGACAAAGGAGCUGAUGAUGCAAUGGAUCCUGACGAUGCUGUCGUUCAUUCAACUACAGGUCAUCAUGUUUCCAAGAAAAAGGAAUGGUUCAUUUAAGAUCUGUUCAAAUAUUUGAUUAUCUAUCUUCCCUUCCGCAUUUGUUGCCAACAAAUUUUUUUCUAUUUUCCUUUAAAAUCUUUUUGUAACUUCACGUGUCUCGUUUUCUUCUCCAUCUUUUCAUUGUCAUCAUGACUUGAUUAUAUAUUGUAACAUUAAAUUUAUUAACUUUUUGUCAUAUGAUCAAAGGAUGUGUUGAUAAUGAUGAGACGAAGAAGAAGGUCAUUCGACAAGUCAUAGGGAUAAGAAUGAAGAGAUUUCGGUCAUCUUCGUUGUAAUUAAUUAAUGAAUUGAUUUCAUCGUUUAUAAAUAUCUUCCGACCAGAUGGCCCCGAGAAUUUCUUACAAAAGGAAGAUUAAGAAGAAGGAACUUUUAUCAGAAUUGAUAUCGUACUAAUAAUUAAUGAAUCUCUCAAAAUGCGAUACAAAAAAGUUUAUUAAUUGCUUUAUUUAUAAGUAAAUCAGUAAUGACAACACUUCAACGACUAAGUAUUUGUAAAAACUUGGCUUUUUUAUCAUUUGAUUUGAUUUCAUAAUGAACGCACUUAAAACGCACCAAACUCGACGUUUACGAAACUUCGUUUUAAUUUUUUUACCGUCCAUUAAUUUUCUUCGUUUUUUUUAUUUUAAUAUUAGAUGUGAGUUUUAUGAUCAUUGACAUAAAAUUUUAAGUGUAUCUGCUCUCAUUUUACUUUAAAUUAAUUCAUUAGCUUGUAGUUUCUUUUUUAACAUUUUUUUAAAUGGAUUAUUGUCUAUGAGAAUCUUAGUUGUUUUAAGGAUCUGGUUAUGUUAAGAAGAAAUAAGAUUUAGGAAUAUUUUUUUCAUGAAGAAUGUGUUCUUUUAAUCGAACGAUAUUUUGAUAUUUUCGCAUAUUUCAAUUUAAUGUUUUCAGUAAAUUUCUUAAAUGACAAGAGAACGAAAGCCCGAAGCUUGAUGAAUGUAUGGACUCUUUUUGAGUGCCUUAAGAAUGGAUUAAAAUUUUAAGAUGGGUUUGACAAAAAAGAGAAAAAAUCUUCAUAGCUAUGAUAUUUUUUCAAAAAAAAAAGAAUCACAAAUUUUAAGCGCGCAUUUCUCAGCACAACAGAAAAAUCUUUGAAAGAAUCUGAAACCUUUAAUUAUUUAAAGUCACUUCUUUAAAAGGCAUUAAAAAUUUGAUAGCCAGAUAAAGAAGAAGAGAAAUGAAACACAAUUAGAUUAGAAAUAAAAUUGAUAAGAAAAACAAAAGGCAAAAAUAUAAAACUUACGAAGAAGAAUUGCAAAAAUUGUGUAAAAGUAGAAGUUAAGAAAAAUUUUAAUAAAAGAAAAUAGACAAAGUUUAC